GAAGGCGGCUGUACUUUUGGGCGCGCCUUUCUUUGUCGCCGGAACAGCAGCGACGGCGGCGGUUGGAGCGGCUCUUCUUCCUCUCGGCCCCGACGGCCGUUAAAGAGGCAUAGGCAUCAGCAGGAGCAGGAGACGGACCCUUGGACUUGGUUGUUCGGCCCGAGGAUGACUUCUCUGGGCGGCGGCGGGAAGAAGGAGGAGAAGGGCAAGAACAUCCAGGUGGUGGUCAGAUGCAGGCCUUUCAAUGCAUCUGAACGGAAAGCAAAUUCCUAUGCUGUAAUAGACUGUGAACAUGCAAGGAAAGAAAUUACUGUUCGCACUGGAGGUGUGACUGAUAAAACAUCAAGGAAGACAUACACGUUUGACAUGGUUUUUGGAGCUCAAGCAAAACAAAUUGAUGUGUACCGCAGUGUUGUCUGUCCCAUCUUGGAUGAAGUACUUAUGGGCUAUAACUGUACUGUAUUUGCUUAUGGUCAAACUGGUACUGGAAAGACCUUCACUAUGGAAGGAGAGAGAUCACCUAAUGAAGAAUAUACAUGGGAAGAGGAUCCACUUGCUGGUGUUAUUCCACGUACACUUCAUCAAAUAUUUGAAAAGCUUGCAGAAAAUGGUACAGAAUUUUCUGUUAAAGUAUCUUUGUUGGAAAUAUACAAUGAAGAACUCUUUGAUCUUUUGAAUCCAUCAUCAGAUGUUGGGGAAAAGCUGCAAAUGUUUGAUGAUCCACGUAAUAAGAGAGGUGUAAUAAUCAAGGGUUUGGAAGAAAUAACCGUACAUAACAAGGAUGAAGUCUAUCAAAUCUUGGAAAGGGGAGCAGCAAAAAGAACUACUGCAGCUACUUACAUGAACCAGUACUCUAGUCGAUCUCAUUCAGUGUUCUCUGUCACAUUACACAUGAAAGAAACAACAACAGAUGGAGAAGAGCUUGUUAAAAUUGGGAAGCUAAACUUGGUUGAUCUGGCAGGAAGUGAAAACAUUGGUCGUUCUGGAGCCGUUGACAAAAGAGCUCGUGAAGCUGGAAAUAUCAACCAGUCCCUUUUGACUCUGGGAAGAGUCAUUACUGCACUUGUAGAAAGAGCUCCGCAUAUUCCUUACAGAGAAUCUAAGCUCACUAGAAUUCUUCAGGACUCGCUGGGAGGACGCACAAAAACAUGCAUCAUUGCAACAGUUUCCCCGGCAUCAAUCAAUCUUGAGGAAACUCUGAGUACUCUUGAUUAUGCUCAUAGAGCAAAGAAUAUCAUGAAUAAGCCUGAAGUGAAUCAGAAGCUCACAAAACGGGCACUCAUCAAGGAAUAUACAGAAGAGAUUGAACGCUUAAAAAGAGAUCUUACUGCAGCACGAGAGAAAAAUGGUGUCUACAUUUCUGUUGAAAACUAUGAUGCUCUUCAUGGGAAGCUGACAGUUCAGGAGGAACAAAUUGCAGAGUAUGUUGAUAAAAUUGCAGCGAUGGAGGAAAAUCUGAAAAGAGUCACGGAGUUAUUCACAGUUCAAAAAAGUGAAAUGGAAAGGUGCCAAAUAGACCUACAGACAAAGGAAAAAGAACUGGAGGACACGCAGAAACACUUGGAGAUAACCAAAGUUCGUCUUGUAGAAGAAGAGUAUGUGUCAUCAAAUUUGGAGAAUACAGAAGAAAAACUUCAUGGCACUGCUACCAAGCUGCUUACUACAGUUGAAGAGACAACCAAAGACGUGUCUGGUCUGCAUGCAAAACUAGAUCGCAAAAAAGCAGUUGAGCAGUAUAAUGCAGAAGCUCAAAAGACCUUUACAGAACAUAUGAAUGCUCUUUUUGAGGAAAUGCAGAAUUCUGUUAAGGAGAACUAUUGCAAACAGCAGCAGAUUCUAGACUCUUACGUCUUUUCAGUGGGCGAUCUUCUAUCUGCCAGCUCUUCAGCUUUUGGAGUUACUGCAGCAACUAUAGAUGCAGCAUUCAGCUCUGUAAAAGAAAUGGUUUCUGCUGAAGUUUCCCUAGCUUCUGAAAAGAUACUGAAGCAGGAGUCAUUGACCUCUCAAAAUAAAAAUGACUUGCAGAAAGUGAUUGAAGAGCAUACAUUGGAACUGGACAGAGCACUUAGUAGUCUGUCACCUGUGGUGAAACUCGUGUUGAGUAUAAAUGCUCAACUCCAGAAUAAUUUAAAGAAACAUGCAUCCCUGGCAGAAAAGAUGAUAGCCUAUAAAGAAGAAAUGACUGCCUUUUUCCAAACCCAUUCUCUUGCUUUGAGUAAGCUACAAGAAGACAGUUCCCAAAUGUUUUCUCAACUUCAGCAUGAUUAUGAGAACUUGGAGAAACAGGUGGAAGUAGCAAAAUGGGCACAGAAAAAGGGUACAGCCCAACUGAUUGCUACUCUGAAGGACCAAUUGAAUUUGCUAGAUCAAGAAACUCAGCAGAAUCUGAGUGAAGUUUUAGAGAAAGGUGGAAGGCUAAAGCAGAAUAUUGCCACUGCACAAGACAACAUAACUGUGCAAACCACUGGCCUUGCUACCGCUGCAGCAUCCCAACACAGCAUAUUGAUCCAGCCUCUGGAUGGCUUUUCCCAAGAGAUCAGGCAGUCCAGCAGUAAAAAUGUUAAGCUUCUGUUGCAAUCUACUAGACACUGUGAAGACUUCGGUAAAAGUCUGGAGCAUGUGUGGCAAGAAACAAAUAACUGGGGUAAAACUGCAACUUCAAAGAUAAUCUGCAUGGUUGAUCAACAGAGUUCCUUCCUUGACAGCAGGAAGGAACACCUACAGAGGAUCUACAAGAAUCUGGAAGAUAAUUGCAAUGCAUCAAUUGCUCAAGUCACAGACCAUGUUGACAGGCAAAAAGAUUCUCAAGAGACGGUCCUCAAGAGGCUCCUUGACAAGAUGCAGAAUGAUAAGAAUGUGCUUAUGAAACAGGAAGAGACGCUCCUUGAGGAAUCAAAACAUGGCUUAACUCGAGUUAAUGGAUUCAUGAGAGAUGAACUUAAAGUAGAUGUCCCAACAGGAACUACCCCGCAAAGGAAAGAUUACCGUUAUCCUAUAACAGUUGUGAAAACAGAACCCCGAGAUGUCUUGCUUGAAAAAUUAAGGCAAAAACAGCGGGAGCUCAGAACUGCACUCGUGACUGCAGAGGUCUUGGAUCAGGAUUCUUUGAUGGAUGAAGAGGAGAUAAGAGAGACCAAUCAGAGCCUGUUGAGUGAAAAUUCCUACCUUGAUGCUAGUCUCUGUAUUCAGACAAAUGGUGGUGUGCCCUUCUUCCAGCAUAAAAGGAGUAUCAAAAAGGAUAAAGAGAACAAAUUGCCAAUCUUCCUGGAUAAGACAAAGGAAGAGGAUUCAGCAGAUACAUCGUUUUCAAAGUCAAAAUAUCCAUUAAGAACCCAGAAUUAAGAUGUAUAUUUAUGCUUCACAUAUUCUCCAGUCCUGCAUAGUGUAUCACCUUGAGCUCCAUCUAUAUUGCUGUAUAUUGCUGGUGUCAUAUUUUCCCUGUAAAGAGAUCUAGUAAAUACCUGACUGCUUUUUUAUACGA